AUGCGCUCCCCUACGGCUGCGAGGGCCGUGGCGGCCGCAGCGGCGCUGUCGGCGUUGGCGGCGUUGGCAGAGCUGCGCCCGUUUGCCUUGGGCGGGUCGGCCGCCUGGGUGGGCGGACCUCGGCCAUCGCGCGCGGGGGCCAGGAGGGCAGCCAGGCGGGCGCUCUCCACAGAGCGCUCCGAGGCAUUCCUGAAGUGCGUGGAAUAUUACGACCCGAACGACCCCAGCAACGAGCCGUUCAGCGAGGGGCCCCCUCCGACGGGCUUCCGGGACCUCACCCAGUGCAUCUCUCCGUACCACCCGAACCCGGAGUGGCAGAUCUGGCCCGAGCCCCCUGGCCAUUUCGAGCGUGACCAGAAGGUAGCCUCCAUGUACACGCUGGCUAGCGGCAUGUUCAAGGACAUCAACAAGGCCCUGCGCGAGGAUAACGAGGACGCCAUGCGUCGCCUGGCCCCGAUGAUUUGGGAAAUCCGCCACAUCUUGAAGUUCCAGAGGGACAAGAUCUGCACCCCCGAAGGCCGUAAGUGCAAGCCUUUCAUGGGUCAGCUCGUGCGAGGGCUGGACUUACCACAAGACCAGGUGGAAGCGGUGGCUAAUGAGUACAAGGUCGGUAUGGAAUUCAGCUGGCCAGCCUUCACGUCGUGUCAGAUGGACGAGGGAGACCAGGGAGGUCUGUGGCCCUUCGAAGGGAAUCUCCACUUUGAGAUAGCAUGCAAUAUCGAUCCGAGGACCAUGGACGCGGAGGAGAUCUUUGCCCCUGUGAGGAUCGGCCGCUUUCUAGGUGGCUCGACUGAGGUUUUGCUGCCACCGCACACGAAGUUCAAGGUCGUGGGAGAGCGCGAGGUCGAAAGGGUGCGUGAGAACGAUUUGCCGCCGUUUGAUGUGUACACCAAGAUUUUGGAGGUUGUGGAGCUGCCAACUCCCAUGAAGAAGCCCCGCUGA